GGGGUCAGCCCUGGGUGCACCGGGCUUCCGCGGGCGUUCAGAUUCAGCUCUGUCUCCACCCAGACGCGGGCGCGAUGGCCGCUCUGAGGGUCGCUGGGCGACAGCUCAGCCAACACUGUGGGUCUGGAGCCCCCAUCCUCCUACGGCAGCUGUUUGAGCCCAAGAGCUGCACCUAUACUUACCUCCUGGGUGACAGAGAGUCCCGAGAGGCCAUUCUGAUAGACCCAGUUCUGGAGACGGCGCAUCGGGAUGCCCAGUUGGUCAAGGAGCUGGGACUGCGGCUGCUGUAUGCUGUGAACACCCACUGCCAUGCGGACCACAUUACGGGCUCCGGGCUGCUCCGGUCCCUCCUUCCAGGCUGCCAGUCUGUCAUCUCCCGCCUUAGUGGGGCCCAGGCUGAUUUGCACAUUGAGGAUGGAGACUCCAUCCGCUUCGGGCACUUCGCCUUGGAGACCCGGGCCAGCCCUGGCCACACCCCAGGCUGUGUCACCUUCGUCUUGAAUGACCAGAGCAUGGCCUUCACUGGAGACGCCCUGCUUAUCCGUGGAUGUGGGCGGACAGACUUCCAGCAAGGCUGUGCUAAGACCUUGUACCACUCGGUUCAUGAAAGGAUCUUCACACUUCCAGGAGACUGUCUGAUCUACCCUGCUCAUGAUUACAAUGGGCUCACAGUGUCCACUGUGGAGGAGGAGCGAACUCUGAACCCUCGGCUUACCCUCAGCUGUGAGGAGUUUGUCAAGGUCAUGGACAAUCUGAAAUUGCCCAAACCUCAGCAGAUAGACUUUGCUGUGCCAGCUAACAUGCGCUGUGGGGUCCAGACCCCCCCUUCCUGACUCCGGUUCUCAGGUGCCCGAAUCCGUUAAGAAUGCUCUAGGUGGGGUGAGAGGAGAGCUGCCGUCACUGGAACCUCUCUUCUCUUCCCCUCCCUCACCAGCCCCUCAAACUUCUUAAAUAAAAAAAUAUUUUUUUUUUCCUCCCUCUGA